AGUUGUCCCCCCUACAGUUUGCCCUCAUUUGUUUUCCCAACUUCUUCUCUUCUGCAGUAUGCUUACAAAUUUUGAUAUGCUUGUUAAGGAGAUGUCAAAUUGUAUGUGGUAUUAAAUAUAUUGUUUUGAAGUGCACUAAUGACCAUUAGAUCGAGAAAAGAAAUAUGUUGGCUAGUUUGGUCAUCUGUGCUAUCAAAUUGGGCAUAACAACACAUAAUUUGUUCCCAUGCCAAAAUGCCAGGUGACAUAUUCAGUGGUUUUCAUACAGAUGUGAGCAGAAGUAGAUUGGCCCAGAAAAUGGAUGUAAUUGCUUUUCCCGUGUGUUCUGCAGCAGUAAUUAGGGCUGUACCAUUCAAAAAGUCUCUGGUACCAACUCCAAACUCUUCUACCAAUGUGCACCAUCAAAAAGUGGUCCAUUAUUCGGCAACUGUAGGGCUGUCUCCUAGAAGGGAUGCUGAAACUGAACUGGAAGACAAGAAGUAUGAAUUGCUUGGAGUCAUCCGGGACACUCAACGCGGACUUGUGACAACUGCCGACCAGCGCUCUGUAAUUGAGGAAGCUCUAGUGAGCGUGGAAGCUUUUGAUGCAGGUGAAGCCAUUGACUUGGGUGAGUUGGAUGGGACAUGGCGUCUGCAAUACACAUCUGCUCCUGAUGUCCUCAUUCUUUUUGAGUCAGCUGCAAGGCUUCCCUUCUUUCAGGUCGGCCAGAUUUUUCAAAAAUUUGAAUGCCGGGAUGAAUCCAAUGGAGGAGUAGUACGUAAUAUUGUGAAGUGGAGUAUUCCAAGUUUGUUGGAGGAGCAAGAAGGUGCAACUUUGCUUGUCUCUGCCAAAUUCUCUGUUGUUUCAUCGCGCAACAUUUAUCUUCAGUUUGAAGAGAUAGCUCUUAACAACAUAAAUAUUAGUGAAGAAUUGCAAGCUCUGAUAGCUCCAGCAAUACUACCGAGGUCAUUUAUUAGCUUCCAGAUCUUACAGUUCAUCCGAGCUUUCAAAGCUGAAUUUCCUGUGAGAAACCCAGGAAGGACUUCUGUGGGAGGUCUGUAUUACCUAUCGUAUCUGGACAAGAAUAUGCUUUUAGGUCGUGCUGUUGGAGGUGGGGGGGUUUUUGUAUUCACUAGAGCUCAAGCAAUUGUAUUAUAAGAAGUUGAAAUCACGAGUUAAGUGGUUGUAUUUUGUCCAUCCUUUUUGUAUUGUUCUCGUCGAUUUUGUGAGUUACUUCACCUUUUUUUUUU